AUGCCGGCCGGCGCCGUGAAGUCCUCCUUGGCGGGGAAGAAGACCAGGGAGGAUGAAAAAGGCCGCGCCCCCCGGCCGGCGCCCCCCCCAGAUCUGCUGCAACUCUUCCCGCACUCUAAGCGUGUGGGCUCCUACCUGGUGGGCAAGAUGAUCAACAAGGGCUCCUUCGCCAAGGUGAUGGAGGGCCUCCACCUCGGCACCGGAGAGAAGGUGGCCAUCAAGGUGAUUGACAAGAAGAAAGCCCGCCAGGAUGCCUACAUGCAAAAGAACAUGAAGAGAGAACCUCACAUCCAUCAGAUGAUCCGACACCCUCACAUUGUUGUCCUGCUGGAGACUCUGGAGACGGAGAACAGCUUCUACAUGGUGAUGGAGAUGUGCGCCGGGGGGGACCUGAUGGACCGCAUUUGCGAGAGGAGGAGGCUGCAGGAGAGGGAGGUGCGCCGCUACACCCGGCAGAUUCUGUCGGCGGUGGGGCACCUGCACAAGCACGGCAUCGUGCACAGAGAUUUAAAGAUUGAGAACUUCCUGCUGGACGAACACAACGACAUCAAGAUAGUCGACUUCGGCCUGAGCAACACCCUGAAGGCGGAGUCUUUGUCCUCCGAGCUGCUCACCACCCAGUGCGGAAGCCCCGCCUACGCCGCACCUGAGCUCCUCGCCCACAGGAAGUACGGACCCAAGGUGGACGUCUGGUCCAUAGGUGUUAGCAUGUUCGCCAUGCUGACUGGGACGCUGCCCUUCACGGUGGAGCCGUUCAACAUCAAACAUCUGCACCACAAGAUGGUCACCAGCGACAUCAGCAGCAUCCCCGACGACGUCAGCACAGGCGCCGCCAUGUUUGUGAUGUCUCUCCUGGAGCCGGACCCCGAGAAGAGACCCAGCAUCCGAGCGGCCAUGCAGGAGAGAUGGAUCAACGAGGGCUACGCCAAGAGGCUGCGCCAGGCCCUCUCGCUCCCAAACAGGUUGCGUGAGGAGGAUCUGGACGUGUCCGUGCUGGAGUACAUGACGGAUGAGCUGGGCUACUCGCGCUGGGAAACCACGCACACGCUGACCGCCAACCGGCCCUCCGCCAUCUUGGCGUCCUACCACCUGUUGCUGGCCAAACAGAAGAGGAGCCUGGCGGGGGUGAAGAUCCACCAGAGCGACAGCUCCCGGCCGCCCAGCAGACGUCCUAAGGCUCGCCAAGCGGCCGAGAACCGGCGCCUGAGGACGAGGGCGGAGCGACCGCGGGAUGAGGAUGGACGAGAUGAUGACGAUCCUUGCCCGUCUCCCUCUCUUCCUCCUCUCCUCCCCGCCGCCUCCCGGGAAGAUGAGGAGACGGCGGCCAUCUUGGCCACCAGAGACGCUCUGCUUCCUGACGGUCAAGAGCCAAUAUUAUUUUUUUCAAUCAUUUGAAAGCCAUGUGCUGUAGGUCGUAGUGAUGAUGAUGAUGGUGAUGAUGAUGUGUUUAUCCCAGACCAGGACCUCAUCCGUCUUUCUCCGCCUAAAACUUCUGCAUCGCACCCAUGUGACUCCGCCCCCUUGCCUGCUGAGCCAGUUGGAGACAUCGGCCCCUCAGGAGCGGUCCAGGGACUCCUCAGGUUGAACACCAGUGGCGCUCCUCCCAGAAUGCACGUGGACCACCACCUGCACAGAGCCCCGCCCACCACGCUGCCCCGCCUCCGCCAUCCAGGGCUGAAGGAAGGACACGGCAGGAAGGUGGUGUGGGUCUCCGGCUCCACCGGACUCCAGGUGAACGGCUCCAAAAGCCUUCCUCUGGGGGUCAGGGGGCAGCGGGGGGAGCCGUCAGGGAGGACGGGGGUGGCGGUCACGUCCAAGAGGAACUCCGGACAAUUCCGCCCGACCCCGCGGCGACGGGCGACGGACGUCGACCUGUCGCUACUUCCUGCCGCGCUGCAGAGGAAGACGGACAGGAAGCUCCAUGGCGUCAACUACUGA